UCAUAAUGACUUAGAAUGAUGCACAUUCGCAUAUAUGCCUAUGAACUUUAUCGAAGGACUGUAGCAUCUAACUUCAACUCUCGGCCUUCUACUAUUUGCCGCUAUUAAGUCGAGCUUAACACAGUGAGACCUUGAUGCUGGGAAUUGAGGGUAGGUAGACAUUAUGAAUUCAUCAAGAUUUCUCUUACUUGAACCUCUCACCGUCAGAGUCUCACGAUUCAUCCCACCUCUCGCUAUGAGAUAAUACUCAAAUCGACUGAAAGAUGGCAAGGUCGGAUAGACACGGCCUUGUUUUCGGGGGUACUGGCCUUAUUGGUUGGGGCGUCGUCAACGAGUUGCUCUCGGGUUAUCCUGAACAGGGGGUGUUCAACAGAGUCACCGCGGUCACCAAUCGUUCCCUCAAGUCGGAAGAUACGUACUGGCCAGAGGCAUUACCGGGCUUACCCGAACUCCAGAUAUGCUCAGGAGUUGACCUCUUGAACGGAACUGGCGAAGACCUCGCGGCUACUCUAGAAAAGAGGGUGCCAGACAUCCAGGGCGUCACUCAUGUCUUCUACUUUGUCUUUACUUCUUUUUCAAAUGAUUUUGAACAAGAGUGUGCAUUGAAUUGCGGUAUAAUGCGAAAGGUGGCAAAGGCCGUAAAUAUGCUCUGUCCCAGCCUUCAGUCUUUCGUUUACUCGGGGGGCACUCGGGGAUACGGUAUCUAUGAUCCCAACAUCAAUUUCGAAACUCCGCUCGAGGAGCACAUGGCCAGCCAGCUUCCCGAGGAUUACGCUAAAAUUGUCGCAUAUCCAUGGUUUAGGGAGAUACUCACCGAGGCCGCAAAGGGCCGCGGGUGGACCUGGACGGAAGUCUGCCCUGAUAUCGUCGUUGGCUUCAGCCCGAUAGGCUCUGGGUACUCGCUCGCACUCCACUGGGCGCAAUAUCUCUCGUUAUAUGCCUUCAACCACGGCAUCUCGGACUCAAACGCUGAGAAAAGGGUAGAGAUUUCCUUUCCUGGGACCGAGGCUGGCUUCGACGCCCGGUUUACCCAGGUCUCUACUCGCAUUCUGGGACGGAUCAGUAUUUUCGCAUCGCUCAACCCAGACCGGCUUGGUGGACAGAUCAUUAAUGCGCUCGAUGACCCGACCCCUACAACAUUCCGCGAGCUGUGGCCCGAGAUUGCGGGUUGGUUCGGCCUGGUAGGCGUUGGACCUUCUGGAAAUGAGGACUCCUCGCUCACUCCGAGCGAAUACAUCGCAAAGCACAAGCAUCUCUUCGAGGAACAUGAGCGUCCAAAGGGUGUCACGGCCGGAGUUGGUGCUGGCAGCAAACAGCUUGACACCGUCGGGUACUGGCUGAGUUUCGACAGAGAGCUUAGCGCUAAUAAGCUCCGAUCUACCGGCUUCCUUGAACAACAGCUUCCGGCUCAUUCAUGGAUGGAAGCUUUCAGGAGGCUCAGGCUCGCUGGUGUCAUCUUUUGAUUAUGAUACGGCUCCUAAUACCCACUGAUAAGCAACAAGAUCCAAUGCCGUAUAUGGCAAGUUUUAUGAAAGGCCCCGAAAAAC